AUGGCUGCUGCCUUUACGUCCAGCCCUGUCGCUUCGCAGCCCCAGUUCACAGCCAUGAAUGAACCGCAGUGCUUCUACAAUGAGUCCAUCGCCUUCUUUUAUAACCGGAGUGGAAAGUAUCUUGCCACAGAAUGGAACACAGUCAGCAAGCUGGUGAUGGGGCUUGGAAUCACUGUCUGUAUUUUCAUCAUGUUGGCUAACCUCCUGGUCAUGGUGGCGAUCUAUGUCAACCGCCGCUUCCAUUUUCCUAUUUAUUACUUAAUGGCAAAUCUGGCUGCUGCGGACUUCUUUGCUGGGUUGGCCUACUUCUACCUAAUGUUCAACACAGGACCCAAUACUCGGAGACUGACUGUCAGCACGUGGCUCCUGCGCCAGGGCCUCAUUGACACCAGCCUGACGGCUUCCGUGGCCAACCUCCUGGCCAUCGCAAUUGAGAGGCACAUUACGGUCUUCCGUAUGCAGCUCCACACGCGGAUGAGCAAUCGGCGAGUGGUGGUGGUGAUUGUGGUCAUCUGGACCAUGGCCAUUGUUAUGGGGGCUAUACCGAGUGUGGGCUGGAACUGCAUCUGUGAUAUUGAGAAUUGCUCCAACAUGGCGCCCCUCUACAGUGACUCUUACUUGGUCUUCUGGGCCAUUUUCAACUUGGUGACCUUUGUUGUCAUGGUGGUUCUGUAUGCCCAUAUCUUUGGCUAUGUUCGCCAGAGGACUAUGAGGAUGUCUCGGCAUAGUUCUGGACCCCGACGGAAUCGGGAUACCAUGAUGAGUCUUCUGAAGACCGUGGUCAUUGUGCUUGGUGCCUUUAUCAUCUGCUGGACUCCUGGACUGGUCUUGCUACUUCUCGACGUGUGCUGCCCGCAGUGUGACGUUCUGGCCUAUGAGAAGUUUUUCCUUCUGCUUGCCGAGUUCAACUCUGCCAUGAACCCCAUCAUCUACUCCUACCGCGACAAGGAGAUGAGCGCCACCUUCAGGCAGAUCCUGUGCUGCCAGCGCAGUGAGAACAGCGGCGGCCCCGCGGAAGGCUCUGACCGCUCCGCCUCCUCCCUCAACCACACCAUCCUGGCUGGAGUUCACAGCAAUGACCAUUCCGUGGUUUAG